UUUCUCAUAACGCUUCCUGAAGCUCAACCGAGGUAGUCAGAGACAUCACAAACGUGUCCUUUAUUACAAAAAUAAAAUAAAUAAACAACACAAAAGAUCAUAUUUUUUAAGGAUUUCAGCGGAUAAUGCAAUGAUCAAAAUAAAAGCACACAUCGGCUCAGUUUAAGGUGUGUGGACACUGUGGGGGAAAAGGAAUUGUGAAGGAGGAUUUCACGAUUAUAUGCUGAAGAUGACUUGUGCAAAUGUGAUUUCUCGGUUUGGCCCGCCUGUCUCCAUGAGGUCUGUGGACGUGGGCUUCAGGUGCAGAGGCUCUCCACACAUCAACCAUCUUCUCACGGGGACAUCUCCCAAACCCCUGCGACCCUGCAUCUCCCAUCCGCCGGUGUUUGAGUUCACACACACUCCCACAACACCCCUGAUCAAGAGCGGCCGCCGCACGGAGAAACGCGUCGCGUUCGCGGACGCCAAAGGGCUUUCGCUCAUCACAGUGCGCUUGUUCUCCGAGAAAGAGGACAAACCGAACCGCCAACCGCUGAAAAUACCACGACUUAAGAAGUUGAUCUGCUCCUCAGAGUCAGCUAAUAAGACUUCAGGGUUGAGUCUUGGGUUCGAACAGCCCUGCAGAGAUUUCCAGGCGUUCAGAACGAGGCUUCAGGAUCACAUGGUGCUGUUGGAGAGCUGUGACGUCACCAAACGCUGCAUUCUGGGAACCGUGCGCGUCAAGAACGUCUGCUUCGAGAAAGCCGUACACAUCCGGAUUACUUUCGAUACGUGGAGCAGUUACCUGGACGUCCCGUGUGCGUACCUGGAUCAGAGUUACGGGGAACCUGGAACUGACGUGUUUGAGUUUAACAUCAGCGUUCCUGAACGGAUUGACGCGCGCGAACGCAUCGAGUUCUGCGUGUCUUACUUACCGGCGGCGCUCGGUGCCACUGAAUGGGACAAUAACAAUGGCAAAAACUAUUGUAUUCAUGUGUGUGGCGCUGAAUCUGCUGUCGUCUAAUGACAGAUUCACUGUGUCUGCAGACAGACUGACAGAAUGAACAACUUUGCACAUCUUUGACCCGUUUAGCACAGAACUGACCAAAUGCUGUGCCAUGAUCACUGUUUUCAGUGUUUCCAGAUUAUCAUUAUUUUUUUUGAGAUAUUUAGUAGGCCUAAUCUAACAGAGGUUUAUAAAUAUCUUGCGGGAAUGUUUAUUGAAGCUUUGCAUACUGUGGAUAUAAUGUAUUUUAUGACAAAUGUUUAAUUAUAUCAAAUACACAUUUUUUUUAAGAUUAAGCACUAACAUGUUUAUAAAACCCUUUCGUACUGUGAAUAACUUACAGUUUUUAUAGUAAGUAUUUUAUUAUAUAUAAAAUAAAGAGUGGUUAAGUAAUAUUCACCUGGA